UUAUCUCUAGUAUACACUCCUUCAACGCAGUUCAAAUCAGAAGGAGUGAACGCACAUUAUGGCAGCGGAGACCAUGAAGAACGUCAACGCAGACCCAGAGAUGGCGAAAUCAGACGAGGAACUGAAACAAGAUGAAGAAGAAGUAUCUCCAAUUGAGGAAGUGAGACUCACUGUAUCCAACAUGGACGACCCAACCCAGCCAGUUUGGACCUUCCGUAUGUGGUUCCUGGGGCUUAUCUCUUGCUGCCUCCUCUCCUUCCUGAACCAGUUCUUCGCCUACAGGGCGGAGCCUCUCGUCAUUACGCAGAUCACGGUGCAGGUGGCCACACUGCCGAUAGGGCGAUUCAUGGCCAGAGUCCUCCCCACCACGAAGUUCGGGAUAGGGUCAAAGAAAUUCUCGUUGAAUCCGGGACCUUUCAACAUGAAGGAGCACGUGCUGAUUACCAUAUUUGCGAACGCCGGCACCGCCUUCGGGUCGGGGUCGCCGUAUGCGGUGGGGAUCGUGAACAUCAUCAAGGCGUUCUACGGAAGGUCGAUCUCGUUCUUGGUUGCAUGGCUGCUGAUCAUCACUACUCAGGUGUUAGGAUACGGGUGGGCAGGGUUGCUGAGGAAGUAUGUGGUGGAGCCAGCUCAUAUGUGGUGGCCCGGCAACCUUGUCCAAGUCUCUCUUUUCCGAGCUCUGCAUGAGAAAGAAGAUGGAGGCAGAACUUCAAGGGCAAAGUUCUUCUUCAUUGCUCUACUCUGCAGCUUCUUAUGGGCCGUGGUCCCUGGAUACUUGUUCCAGACCCUCACAAGCAUUUCAUGGCUCUGCUGGGUGUUCUCCAAGUCAGUCACCGCUCAACAGAUUGGCUCAGGCAUGAACGGUUUGGGCUUGGGAGCCCUCACUCUGGAUUGGUCCGCCGUUGCUUCCUUCUUGUUCAGCCCUCUCGUCUCACCAUUCUUCGCCAUUGUCAACGUCUUUGUGGGCUAUGCAUUAAUCGUCUAUGCCGUCAUCCCUAUUACUUAUUGGGGCUUCAACGUCUAUGGUGCAAAUAAGUUCCCCAUUUUCUCCUCCUCCUUGUUCACAGCACAGGGCCAAGAAUACGAUAUACGCUCCAUUGUAAAUAACAAAUUUGAAUUGGAUGUUGCAAAGUAUCUCAAGACGGGUCCAAUUCAUCUUAGCGUCUUCUUUUCUCUUACUUACGGUUUUGGAUUUGCCACUAUUGCCGCCACCCUUACCCAUGUUGUUUGCUUCUACGGAAAGGAGAUUAUGGAGCGGUAUCGUGCUUCGAGCAACGGCAAAGAAGAUAUCCACACGAAACUGAUGAAGAAAUACAAAGACAUACCAUCUUGGUGGUUUUAUGUGAUGCUGUUUGUAACGCUUGUGGCUAUAAGCAUGUCUCAAGCAGUCUCCUUCCUUAGUGAUUUCAAGCUUGGCCACUACAUGAAAAUCCCUCCGAGAUCAAUGUUCUUAGUUCAGUUCAUUGGAACAGUUCUUGCUGGAACCAUCAACAUUGGUGUGGCAUGGUGGUUGCUAACUUCUGUUGAGAACAUAUGUCACAAGGAUCUACUUCCCAAAGACAGUCCCUGGACAUGUCCCAGUGACAAGGUUUUCUUUGAUGCAUCAGUUAUUUGGGGUCUAGUUGGACCUAAGAAGAUAUUCGGUUCCAAAGCAGAAUACUUUGCAAUGAAUUGGUUCUUCCUUGGAGGUGCAAUUGGCCCCAUCAUAGUUUGGUUAUUGCACAAGGCAUUCCCCAAGCAGUCAUGGAUUCCCUUGAUCAACCUCCCAGUUCUCCUUGGGGCAACGGGGAUGAUGCCGCCGGCCACGCCAGUGAACUACAAUGCAUGGGUUUUGGUUGGAACGGUGUUCAACUUCUUUGUGUUCCGUUACAGGAAGAAGUGGUGGCAGAGGUACAACUAUGUUCUAUCAGCAGCGCUUGAUGCCGGGGUUGCCUUUAUGACUGUGCUGCUUUACUUUGCUCUCAACAUGGAGAAUAGGAAAUUGGAUUGGUGGGGAAAUGGUGGGGAGCACUGUGACUUGGCAACAUGUCCCACUGCUAAGGGCAUAGUCGUUGAUGGUUGCCCUGUCUUUUAAUUUUCACCCUCUCUGUUAGUUUCCAUUUCAAAUUCAAGUUUCCAUUAGGACCUGGUUUUUAGUUUGCAUUUAAGUUUUGUAUAGUUUCUAUUGUGUUUCUCUCUGUCUUUCUAAUGA